AUGGACCGACUUCCUCUUGAGCGCAGUGACAGCGUUUCCGUCGCAAGUGAAGCUCCCACGGAAUAUACAUCGCUUUUGCCGAAGCCACUCGACGAGGAAAACUGCAACGAUCGAGUUGAUUACAGGGAAGAUGACAGCAUUCCUCGGAUUCGUCUCAUUGUCGCUGAAUUCUGGGUCCUGCUGAAGGGAUCGAUACCGGUCAUUCUGGCCUACACACUACAGAACAGCCUCCAAACCAUGUCUGUACUAGUUGUCGGCCGGACGUCGCCGGAGAACCUUGCCACGAGUGCCUUUUCGUUUAUGUUCGCCAUGAUCACGGCCUGGAUGAUUGCCUUGGGUGGAACGACGGCAGUGGAUACGCUGGCUUCUUCGAGUUUCACGGGCAGUUCGAAUGCGCAUGACUUGGGAGUAUUGUUGCAGCGAGGAUUCUUUGUGCUGGGGCUGUUUUACUUUCCGGUUGCUAUUCUCUGGGCCUGUUCGGAGCCGGUGUUUCUAUUUCUCGGACAAGAUCCGGAUUUGUCUAGAGAUAGCGCGAGGUUUCUGACAUGUCUGAUCCCUGGAGGACUGGGGUACAUCUUUUUCGAGUUGAUGAAGAAAUAUCUCCAGGCACAAGGCAUCAUGCGACCCGGAACGUAUGUGCUCUUGAUCACAUCGCCUAUCAACGCAGCUCUGAACUAUCUCUUUUGCUAUACUCUCGGGAUCGGACUGCUUGGAGCUCCCCUUGCUACCAGCAUCUCAUACUGGCUCUCUUUCUUUCUGCUCGUCCUGUAUGUACGAUUUAUUUCCGGCUCCGAGUGCUGGGGUGGAUGGUCCCGCGAGGCCUUUCAGAAUUUGGGUACUUUUGGCCGGUUGGCGAUUCUCGGAAUUGUGCAUGUCGGGAGCGAGUGGUGGGCUUUUGAGAUAGUCGCCUUAGCAGCUGGACGACUGGGAACGAUCCCACUGGCUGCACAGAGCGUAAUCAUGACAGCAGACCAGAUCCUCAAUACAAUACCUUUUGGCGUCGGGGUAGCCACCUCCGCGAGAGUGGGAAACCUCCUUGGCCUCCGCAGUCCAUCCGGUGCAGCACGAGCGGCGAAUACCGCGGCAUGGCUGAGCAUGUCACUCGGGGCCGUGGUUCUGGCCGUGCUGAUGGGCACCCGGAACCACUUCGCGAAGUUAUUCAAUGAUGAUGAUCGCGUGGUCCGACUCACGGCCGAAGUGUUACCGCUGGUGGCUCUUUUCCAAAUCGCGGACGGGCUCAACGGAAGCUGCGGCGGUAGUCUUCGCGGAAUGGGCCGGCAGCAUGUGGGUGCGCUGGUGAACCUGAUCAGUUACUACUGCGGCGCGUUGCCAUUGGGUGUCUGGUUGGCGUUUCAUGGAUGGGGAUUGCAGGGGCUGUGGGCGGGACAGUGUAUCGCAUUGUAUCUAGUGGGGAUGCUGGAGUGGGCGAUCGUUGCUUUGAGCAAUUGGAAUGUUGAGGUGGAUAAGGCGUUUAAGCGGAUGGAUGGUAUGCAGUAG